AUGGAACUCAAAUGUGGACAAUGCUUGGUGUAUUCGGUACCAAAUUGUAACUACUGUGAAGGUGGAAAGUGUAAGAGAUGUAACGAAAAAUACAUGAUACAAUCAUUUAAGUUAUGUGUCGAACAAAGUGAAGUUGGGUUUUAUGCAAUUGAAACUCUCAACAAAGUAGGAAAAUAUGGUUUUUGUAUUCCAAUUUUUAACACUCAAAUAGCUGACUGUAAAUACUCACUGAUUUCACAAUCAAUGUGUGUUGAAUGUUUGGAUUCUUUCAAACUAAAAUAUGGAAAUUGUUCAGAACCGUUUGACGAUCAAGAAAAUGAUAAAGAAAACAAUUUAACCAACACAAAACGAGAUAUGAAAGGUGUUGAAGUUUCAUGUUUUAGUCGAAAUAACAAAGGGUGCGAAAGAUGUAAUUCUGGUUAUUAUUACAACAAUAGUGAAUGCGAAAUGUGUUCGAAUCACUGUGAUAAUUGUUACAACAUAACAUAUUGCUUGACAUGCGAUCCACAGUAUUACUUGUCAUCAACCUUCACAUGUGAACCACUUGGGGAUUUGUUCACAAAAUGUGAAUUGACUCUGCCAACCGGUGGUGGAUGUGCAAUUUGCAAAGAGAAAUAUUACAAACAAAAAACGGAUUGUAUUUCUUGUGAUGAGUCAUGUGGUACUUGUGUUGAUGGCACUUUUUGUUUGAGUUGUCAAAAUGAAUAUUUCAGACUUUCAGGAAGUAAAAGUAAAUUGUGUGUAUCAUAUGAUAACUUGACUAACUGUGAAACAAAAACGCCAAUUGGAUGUCUAGAUUGUGAGGAUGGACAUUACUUGUAUGAUUACAUUUACAAGAAUUGUUCUGAUAACUGUAUAUCAUGUGACAACGACCAAAACUGUAACUAUUGCAUUGCAAACGACUAUGUAUUGGUUGAUUUGUAG